AUGGAGAGGGAAAAUCUGGACAAAUGUGAUUGCCCAAAGCAACUGGGUCUGCCCUUCUCCAUUGAGGAGAUCCUGAAGAAACCAACAAGAAGAGACAUUGCCAGGAAAGGUAGAGGGGAUGGCCAACAGGGUGCUGCUGACACCCUAAGACAGGAGAACUCUCCACUGGACCUCCCCCAGGGUCCCAGGCUGGUGGGAAAAUGGGAGAGGGACCCCCAGCAGAUGACACCAGCCACCUCUCCGAGACCAAAGCUCCUUGAGGAGACAACCCCAGGGACAUCAGACAGCUCUCCAGAACCCCAAGAGAUAGUUUCCCAGCUGACUGACUUCCCGACAGCAAGCCCUGCAUUGGAGCCUUCAAAGGAAAAUAGGAGCAAUGGAGGAGAGGAAGACCACGGGCACAACUUCCUUACUGAUCCACCUCUACAUGAGGAGAGGAAAGGCAAGCGAAGAAUCCGUACCACGUUCACCAUGGAGCAGCUUCAGGAGCUGGAGAGGACGUUUCAGUUCACCCACUACCCAGACAUCCAUAUCCGCAAUGAACUGGCAGCCAAGAUCAACCUUCCAGAGGCCAGAAUACAGAUCUGGUUCCAGAAUCAGAGGGCCAAGUGGAGGAAACAUGAAAAACUUAGCAGUUUCAGGGGCCUGCAGAAUCUGACAGACAUGGACGUUAUCCCAGCACCAAAGUUGGACACGUCUGGAUCCAGCCUGACUCCCGGGGUGCUCCCCAGCCUAGUAUACCCAAUUGGAUAUCAUUUUCCCAUCCAAGGACAGCUGAUCUCUGCCUGGUUUCCUCCCUACUUUGUACCCAAUCCAUGGAACAUGCUAUCUUUCCCUAGCCCUCAUCUGCAUCUGAAAUGUGUCCCCACAUGUGGCAUUCCUUCUCCCCAAUAUCCUGAAUGGGGCAGUUUCUGUGCUGGUUUCACAUAGGAAAAAAAAAUCCCUCUCUGGGCUGACAUCUCCAGCACCACUGCCAAGCAGCAGGUGAGGCG